AUGGCUCGUGAGUGCGCCUGACAGUUUAACCAUCGUUGCCGACGAUGUCCGCUGUAUACUCCAAGGCAUGGUGAAGCAGGAACGGUAACUUGCGAGCGAAUUAGUUCAUAGUGAGUGCGGGCUUGCACGGCACCUAACGCACACUCUCUCCCCCCAAACCUGGACCCGGUGUCAAGACAGAGUCAAGAAGACCGGAGGUGGAGAGGGCGCCGGUGGAUGACACGGUCGAGCCCGCACCUUGGCGCUCCACUCCACACCACCUCGUCCACACAACAAAUAACCAGGACUUUGACCAACAACAAAAGGGUGGCCGAAGCCGCAUCUAGGCGUGCCGUUACACCUGGCUCUGAUCCCACAUAAUGGGAGUGUCAUAAAUGUUAUAUUAAGAAGGAGCCAUUGCAGCCUCUUAGACCAUCAGUUGACCGUUCCACACACAUGCAUAACACUGGGCCGACUUCAAGGUCCAAGUUAUCCCCGUCAGUUGGCAACCUUCAGAGCUCCGGCUUUUGGUGCACCGUGAAUGCUACAAACGCGUCGGAUUCUUUAAAGCGAGGAAAACGCGCUGACUCGUCGACCUCACUCUUCCUUCCCAUUCUCAGGCUCCAGUCACUGUCCGAGCCGGUCACCAAAACUGGUGGGGGGAUUGCGAUCACCACUGAUUCGGUUGCAGACGACUAAACCAUGAUCCCGCCAGAUACUGACACCACCGCCGGAGAAUGGGUGCGGUGGCUGAUACAUUUAGUGACCUUGUCUACGUGCGCCACAUGCACGACCUGCCCCUACCCAAAAACAAGCACCAGGAUUUCACACAACGGGAAAUGAGUGCCGUAGCUCACGUAAAGAAGGGGCCGUUUCAGCCUGGCUCUUAGCCCGCCAGCCCGCCACUCCACACAUACACACACAACCGGGCAGACUGCGUGCGCUGCGUUGAGGCGUCAGUCAGCAACCUUCCAAGCCGCAGUCCUUGACGCUUCGUGAUAAUCUCAGACUCGGAUCACACAUGCAGCAAAGAUGCCGCGUGGAGACGGAGCUGAGACGCACACUUCCCGUUGGCGUGGGAGGUGGCAGUUGGAUGCUUAUGGUGGAUGAAGAUGCCGUGUGAUACAGGUGGGAAAGAUACGAUGAUGCGGUUUAGCCGGCGGUCGUCUGCCGCAGGUAUUUGCGAAUGCGCAUGUGGUCUAAUAGACCCAUGCGGUGGAUAAGUGUGCAAGUGCAAUGGGGACAAUGGAGGCGGAUGCGGUGAGUGUAGAUUGGUGCUCCAGGCACUGGUUCGCCAGUCUCUGUGCGAUGGAUUCGCAAAUGACCGACCAGGCCGAUGCGAGGAGGGAAUGUGUGGACACAGUGUGGACAUGAGAAGUCGGUGGUGGUGGUGGUGGUGGUGGUGGUGGUGGUGGUGGCUGACCCGACCGACCAGCGUGCCUAAAACAAUGCAGGCAUCACCGACCGCCCUUUCGUCUAGACAACGAUGAUUCAAUUAAGUGGAAGCAGAAUAUGCCUCCUCAGGAUGCCACAGUCCAAAGAAAGACAACAAUCAGUUGGAGCCGCUAAUGCCACUGAAGUUACACGAUAAGGAAGCCGCCCGUCGUCUCGCGUGGAAUCAACUGUCCACUUAUCAGGAUGCGGCUUCCGUUUCUCGGCGAUAUCCAACUUGGUCCGAAUCCGCGCACAAACCUGCAUAUAACGUCUCCCACCUCACUCACAGGAGUGCUCAAGUAUACGCAUCACCUACUGAUAGUCAUUUAUCAGCCUUCUCUGCCGAAAUCCUACUGUAGAGGCAGACGCCAUCAAUCAGACUGCUGUCUGAUUCCAAACCCAAACAGCAGACCGUCGGGGGACGCUGUAGAAGACAGGUGGGAGUAUAUAGAAAAUUACCUCUAACCGUCUCCUGGCACACUGUGAAGGUGCGUGGCUUGGGUGGCCGAGGUGGGGGAGAGCGGGAUAGGGGCAGAUCGCAGCUACCCCGACCCCAUCCACGCAAGACUCAAAACACCCCUGACACAACUCCACACGCACACACACACACAUACGCACCCACAUUGGUUCUCCAGACGUAGGGGGGAGAAGGGCGCCGUUGGAUGCUGUUUUUUCCUUUUCCUCGCUGUUUCCUUCUAGACUGAUGUAUUUCGUGGCUGAAGAAGGGGGCGGGAGGAGAAGAAGAACCUUCGCUAUCACCGUGCGCACGCGGACAGCGUUUUGAGGUUCAGAGGACGCAGCAGAGGGUUUGUAGUGGUCGGGCUGCCGACUACCUGCCGGAAAAUACACGAACACCGUGGGGAGGGUAGCCGGCACCCAGAUGGGGUGAGGUACGACAGGGUUGAUCGAAUCGAGUUAUUUUGUGGUGGAGAAGUAGCCAGAGUUUUUGUAACCAAGUGCGGCUUUCGAUGGAGGGAGAGGGAGUCGGUUGCUGAAACAAGAGUUUCACUCAUUGCAGACAGCAGCAGAUAGUGUGUGCUGAAUGAAUAGCAUGCAUUUGCCAAGCAACCACAGGUCUACGAAAGCUAAUAGUCCUAGCACCUAUCGGUGAAAUCAGUAUCUGGCGGGAUCAUGGUUUAGUCGUCUGCAACCGAGUCAAUGGUGAUCAUAAUCCCCCCACCAGUGUUGGUGAUCGACGUACUAUUUGAUCGGCUGUCUAGCUCAUCAGUGCCGCUGCUGGAAGCAGCGUCUUGGCACUCAAGAGAGGGGCAGGAUUUCACUGCGUUUGCUGAUGGGCUGCAGGCUGGCGAACCAUCAGCCAAAAACUCAUGACUAAUGCGCUGCCACCUCUUGCGAGGGGUUCGGUCCCGUCUACCUUGACGGCGUGAUCGGAUCCCUUCGAGUGAGUUGCAACUUGAAAGUCGCUGUCACUCCUCCUCCUCCUCCUCCUCGCCUCUGAGGUGUGUUCACCCCACUGCGUCUGCAGUAGGUUUCCCCUUUGGCCGCAGAUACACUAAAUGCGAUCGUGGGCGGCCCGACAACUGCAUCUCAUGCCAACUCCGAAAAUGAUCUCCGAGGAGAGUCUGAGACGUCAGACAGACAAGAUUUUGAUCAGGAGAAGAAGCGAUCGCUGGAACAAGGGCUUUAUUCGUCUGACGUUUCGGAUUCUCACUUGAAUCCAUCAUCAGAGACAGUAGCAGAAAAGGGGUGACUCGGGCACAGGAAGCUGCAGUAUUUAUAGGAUGCAGUCGCUAUGCUACCGCAUACCUAUAGCAAUUAACCGCGUUCCCUUCAUGAAGGAUCGUUGCCCGCUGGUGCGCUUAUUGCUUGCUGGCCGGCAUGCAAAUUGUUAAUUACCAAAAUGUCAUCACCCGUGUUGGAUGCUGGCGUGAUGAUUGCUCGGCUAUCUGGCUCUCCGGCUUGCGCGCGCUCCGAGACAAGAUUUUCCUUCCAACGAUGGAGUCUUCUCCAUAACCGCUUCCUGAAACUCUGCCAACCAUUGCAUCCAAUCGCAGCAUCAAAUGGCUGGCAAGCUCGGUUAGUCAGCAGGUACACUGGAAAGGGAAGACUCUAUCCUCACGCCACACCGGUGUAUUCCUGACUACAGUAAGUCUGACGCGCUCAAAGUCCUGGCUCCGAAGGCUGCCGACUGACAGGAUGAUUCAGAUCUCGCAGUCAUUCCGGUAGGGACCCCUAAAACGGGUCACGCGGUAGAUGAGCUGGAUCAACACUGGGGCUAGGUCGGAGUUUGAUAGGCGUUAUCGAGUAUGCGCACCCAGUUGCCGUCCCACGUCGCCCCCAUUUUCUUAGUGUGUAAACUUCUGGUCAGUGCCCGUUUUGGACGGCAGGCUGUGGUGGUAGGCCUAGGUGUGGGUUUUCAUCCUAUCAUCCACCUGCGCCAUAUCUCUCACUUCCGGUCUUUUUGACUCUCUCUUGACAACGGAUCCAGGUGGGAGCCAAGGAGAGAGUGCGGUAGAUGCUAAGCAAGUCCCUGUUCUCAUCCUGCUGCGGAAAACACGGUUGACAGUCGAACUGAUGGGUACCUGACUGGACCAGGGGUCGGAUAGCAAUGGCUUCUUCUUCGUGUGGAACCCGAGUCGCCUCCUUUGUUGGUUAUGUGGAAGCCCGGUCUCUUGUGCGUGGUCCAGGUUGUGUGAUGGACGCGUAGACGGGCCGUUAAGCUGCGUUAGUCACUGCGCUGCAAACCGCCUUCCGGUGGUCCUGACCCUGUCUUGUCACCGGAGCAGAUGUAGCGCAGAUCGGCUGUCAAUAUCAACUCCAGUGCGUGACCCAUCUCAUGAAAUUUUGGCCUAAAUUCUGGAAUGCGUUUCCGAUUAGGAAGGAUUACUAAAGUAGGGUUGUAAUAUAGAUUAUCUUGCGAAAAAAUCCUAUAAUAUUUCGGGCUCGGCAGGAUGUCGGCUUUGAAUGCCCUUCUUUUUGACCUUCUGCAGGAACCACACUCAAUAAAAAUUGAUUACUUAUGUGGCAUGCAUUUUUCCUAUUGAAUUUCGAUGGUCUUAUAAAUGCAAAUAUAUUUUACGGAAAACGUGCACAAGGAUAUGCUUUCUUUUGCUCACUUUGUAGGUAAUCACACUGUUUUCAUAUUUUAUGCCCGAAGAAAGCGUAUAUUUAGGUUUUGAAAGUUUUUAAUCAUGAGAUUUUUAAGACCGUGCGAUGUCCAUGUAUGCAAGACCGCACAUGUCCGUUUACUAAUGCUCCUCAUGAAAUGUACAAAACAGUCCGGAUCCAUUGUAAGAUUUCAUGACCUCUAUGUGGCAUCUUCUUAAAGGCAUAGGGAAUACAUGAUUUUCCUUACGCGGAAAGCAUGCACCCUGUAGACUGAAAUUGCUAAACGCUGAUGCAAUGGCAGAUCAGGCUAACAAUUAUUCGGAAAUUGGGAGACUUUUUCAAAACCUAAAUAUGCACGUUCUUCGGAUAUAAACUAUGAAAACAUCAUGAGUUUCUACCAAAUGAGCAAAAGAAAGCAUAUUUUUGUGCACGAUUUCUGAAAAAAUAUAUUUGAAUUUAUAAGACCAUCAAAAAUAAAUAGGAAAAAUUCAUGCUACGUGAGUGGUCAUUUUUAUCGAGUAUGGUUUCUGCAAGAGAUCAAAAAGAAGGGCAUUCAAAAGCCGACAUCUUGGCAAGUCCGAAAUGUUAUAGGGUUAUGCUGCAAGACAAUCAGUAUAACAACCCUACUUUAGUAAUCCUUCCUCAUCGGAAACGCAUUCCAGAAUUUUGGCCAACAUUUCAUGAGAUCGGUCACGCACUGUAGUUGACGCAUGUGUCGCCCUCCUGCGUCCACAACGUUGCGGGACGCAUCGUCGUUUGCGACACUCGAACUGGGCUGCUCCUGGUUUAGUCCUCCUAUCCGCAUUUGGCAGAGAGCAAGUAAUCACGCGCAAGUCAACACCUAUCCCAGUCAGACAUGAUGGACAAAAUACUGGCGGGGAGCGGAGUGCAGACUACGCCGUCGUCCAACGUUGUCCCCCUCCUGGCUUUUUUUGCCCGAGGCAGACACUACUGAUAAGCUCCUUCUAUGAGCAUCCUUUAUCCGCAUCUGUAGGCCUUACAACCACCUAUGGCGUCCACUCCUUGGAGAAUCUCGACGGCCCUCAGAAUGAGGUCAUCAACUCCUACCGAUUGGCAAAGGAUGCAAACACCCCCUGCGGCUUCUUCUUCCAGGCGCCCACCUCCGGUGUGCUCACAGUGGGCCUCUCGGAGACCCAGCUGCGUGAGGGAUCUGACGGGGAAUCAGCUUCGUUGUGCAGGCCGGCGGUCCAGGCGAGCGCAGGCGAGACCAGAAUGACGGACCAACUGACGCGACGAGCCGAAAAACUGGCUGACUGCGAGUUGUUGUCUGAAAAAAACCAGACCUCAGCACCGGCGGCUGGCUUGGCAAUAUCCUCCCACUCGAACGCACGCUCAGUGUGUAAGUUUUUCCAACUCCGCCAGCGUGGUCUCCUUCUUUCACUUCCCGGUUGCAUCUACUUUUCUCCUCGAGGGAGGUGGCGCGAUGCGCUAAUCAAUGAACGACCCACCAGCCUCAAAAAAAUCGAUACUUGGCGAGGUGCGACUUAA